AUGAUUGCCGACAUUCCAGGCAUUCGCUCCUCCAUAGAUGGCGCAAUAGUUUUCGGUACUACCUGGGAGGCGCACGCAGAGUCGCUCAACAAGCUGCUGAUUCGACUUGAGCAGUAUGGAUUCCAUGUCAAGGCGGAGAAAUGUAAGUUUUUCCAGACUGAACUUUGCUAUCUAGGUCACAUCGUGGAUCGUCAUGGUAUUCGCCCGGAUCCAGUGAAGCUGCAAGCAAUCGACAAAAUUCCAGCACCAACCAACGUGACCGAACUGCGCUCAUUUUUCGGGGCCGUCAACUACUACGGUAGGUUUGUGCGCAACACCCAUGAGCUAAGACAACCGCUUGACCAGCUACUAAAGAAGGGUGUCAAGUGUCAGUGGAACGACCGAUGUCAGCAGUCGUUUAAAAAGUUCAAAGCGAUUCUACAGUACGAGCUUUUAUUGACGCACUACGAUCCGACGCUGCCUAUCAUCGUUGCAGCAGCUACCUCCAACACUGGUAUUGGUGCGGUGAUCCUGCACAAAUUUGCGGAUGGCAUACUGAAAGCCGUUCAACACGCUUCUCGUUCACUCACACCCACCGAGCAAGGUUAUGGUCAACCGGAGAAAGAAGCAUUGGCGUUUGUCUACGCGGUGACAAAGUUUCAUAAAUUCAAUUCAAUUGGGACGACACUUCACUUAGCAGACUGA